GCGAACUGGAGGCUUCGGUGGAAACAUUUCCAAGAAGAGGCAGAUGCUCAAAGUAUCACCACUACAUACAUCACUUUUCCCUAAAGACAGAACUUAGCGGAAGAGGUGUGAAUGAGCCCAGAGUUCUGUUCCCAUCUGUCAGUUGGAGGAAGACUCGAUGCUUCUGUCCUAUCCGCUGCUAAGGUUGAAUUUGGUGUGAAGAAUUCUCUUCACUGUGCAUGGACAGAAAACCAAUGCGUAGGUGUCUUAGUACUCGCCCUGGGGAGACUGGUAUGGAUGUCACGAGUCGCUGCACCCUGGGAGACCCCAAUAAAUUGCCAGAGGGGGUUCCUCAGCCGGCCCGCAUGCCUUAUGUCUCAGACAAGCACCCAAGGCAGACCCUGGAGGUCAUCAAUCUCUUGCGCAAGCACAGAGAGCUUUGUGAUGUAGUUCUUGUGGUAGGUGCCAAGAAAAUCUAUGCCCACCGUGUCAUCCUUUCAGCUUGUAGCCCAUACUUUCGGGCGAUGUUCACAGGCGAGUUGGCAGAGAGUCGACAGACCGAAGUAGUUAUUCGGGAUAUUGAUGAAAGAGCCAUGGAACUGCUGAUUGACUUUUCAUACACCUCACAAAUUACAGUGGAAGAGGGAAAUGUACAGACCUUGCUACCGGCCGCUUGUCUUCUUCAGCUUGCAGAGAUUCAAGAAGCCUGUUGUGAGUUUUUAAAGAGGCAGCUUGACCCAUCCAAUUGCUUGGGCAUCCGAGCCUUUGCAGACACUCACUCAUGCCGAGAGCUGUUGAGGAUUGCGGAUAAGUUCACCCAACAUAACUUUCAGGAGGUACGUGACUCUGUUUUGUUUAGGAAACUUAACUCAGCAUAUGUUUUGGUUGCUAACACUCAAUAUGGUGUGAUGACAGCCUGCAAUUUGGCCCUUUACAGCGUAUGAGCAAAAGUUUGUCCCAGUAAGAUUUAUAAUUAUUCAAAUAGACUGAAGACUGUGAUUUCUUCAUUUAUCUUUAAUUUGGUUUCAGUUAUCUUUAUUUAAGAUAGUCAAUAAGAGCAGAAAAUCUGUUGAGUUUAUUUGGGAGGUUAGUUCCAGCAGCACUAACUUGCAUGCCUCUAACCUUUAAAGUUCUUUCAUCGUCUGGAGUACCAGGUGGAUUUUCAGUCAGACUCUAAGAGGCCCCUCUUUGACAAGCUUGUGAUAUUCCACUGUAUUCUGUUUCAUAGGGAGUGCAUUAGAGCCUCUCUAAAUGUGCUGUUCUAUUUAGAGAUCAAAUCAAACUAGGAUUGUGAUAGGCACUCUCCAAAUUAGAUGCCAUUUCAGGACUGCCUGCAGCCUAGGAGGGUGCAACCAGUUAUGGGGACGCUUUGGAUUCUGGUAAGGAUUUGCUUUUGAAAGCAAAAUCCUCUUUUAUCUUAUUUCUCCCCAGCUGUAUGGUGCAGGUGCCUUUUUUAAAAAGGAAUUAUGCUUUAUAAAUUAUACAUUUGUUUUUGCCAAAUAAUUGCAUAAUUUCAGGCCCUUUACUACAUUAAUAUGGUUUAUUAUUUACUCUAAUUUGGAAAGUGCUUUCCUAUUAUUUGUGACUUGCAAUUGUUUGUAACAACUGACUUCCUUUUUUAUUAACCUUAUUGGGACAGGAGCUUUUCCUUUGUUGUCCAGUGAAUGUAGUGAUCACCAGGCCCUGUACUGUGUUGUCUAUCCUGACAUUAAUUACUUAUUGUAUAGCGCUGCGGAAUAUGUUGGCGCUUUAUAAAUAAAUGUUAAUAAUAAUAAAUUAAUGGGCCGAUUUAUCAAUUUUAGAUUUUUUGAAAAUAAACUCAAAAAGCCCCUCAAAACUCGAAAUAUCUCGAUUUGAAAAUAUGGUUUGACUUUGCUUAGGACAACUACCACUGAGUUCUAUAUAAACUCGCAAGCUUUAGAUUUACUGUAUAUACUCGAGUAUAAGCCUAGUUUUUCAACGCCCAAAAUAUGCUGAAAAAGUCACCCUCUGCUUAUACUCGAGUCGGGUGCCAUGGGUCCCUCCAGACUAGAACCCUCUGUCCUUUGUGUGAAAAUUGGGCUACCCGCAACCAACCCUCCAGUGCCCUGGCCCGCUCCCAGUUGUAAUACUUAUUUCCCAUUACGUGUCCUCCGGGACCAGGUUUGCUGCCAGUUUGCCAAUGCGCAAUGAGUGUGAUGACGUCACUCACCUUCGCGCUGGACACAGAGGUGCUGGCCACCUUCUUUACCAGGCAGCUUCUUUAAUUUUAUUUGUAAACCCCAAAAUGCUUUUUCAAUCUUUAUACUUGAACUGUCCCCUUCUCUCUAUGCUCUACCCACAGGCAUCCUUCUAUAGACUCUGGCUGCAACUUUUUCACCUCCAGUUGCUUCAUCUACCAUCCUCACCUGUCCCAUUCUGCACUAAACAUUGCACUUUAUAUUCUAUAUAAACUAUAUAUAGUUUUGAAGGAUUUUAACUCUUUGUGUUUUAGCUUGGUUGCUGAUUGAUCUAAGAGGGUAGUACUCUUAAGGUAUCAUUGUUGAUACCAUUUUGUUUUGUUGACCCUCUUCUCCACUUACAGAGCUAGUUUACUGUUUUUCUUUGACAUAAAUAUUUAAAAACAUAUACUGAUGCCUCAUUUAAUGUAAUUUUAUUGGUAUUUAUUUUGAUUAUUGAAACUUAGCAGUAGCUGCUGCAUUUCCCACCCUAGGCUUAUACUCGAGUCAAUACGAUUUUCCAGUUUUCUUAAGUAAAAUUAGGUACCUCGGCUUAUAUUUGGAUCGGCUUAUAGGUACAUUCAAGUUUUCCGUGAGUUUUGUACUUAAUACCAGACUUUCUAGUUUUUAA